CCCCGCCGAAAACCCUAGUUUCAACCUCCCGCAACAACCUUGCAACUCUUCGCUCCAGUCUCCCUCCCUCCCUCCCUCCCGCCCUCCGCAGCUCGCUUGAUCACCACACCAUGUCGCCGAGCUUCGUGUUUGAAGCCCCCAGCGACGAAGAACGUCCGGAGGACCAGGAGGACGAAGACGAGGAGGAUGCAGACGAGACAACGCAGUCUCCCUGGGACUUCGCCGCCUACUCCGGGUCCGUCGCCGAAGAGCACGCUCGUCACAGCACCACCUCCGUCGACUUUAAGAUCUCCAGGGUCCUCGAGAAUCGCUCCCUCCCGAUUCUCCCCGACGACAUUAGCUCCGAUUCCGAACCCGACAUCCAGGAAGAUUACAGGCCAGACGACGAGGAUGAUGGCGGCAGCUAUGCUUUCGAAACUAAGCCCUUCUUUGAGAAGGCUGAAGGAGCCUCCUUUCACGCCAAUUCCUUUCUGGAGCUCAAUCUAUCUCGCCCCCUUCUCAGGGCUUGCGAGGCACUGGGGUACACCAAGCCCACUCCUAUUCAGGCUGCAUGCGUUCCCUUAGCUAUGACAGGCCGUGACAUUUGUGCGAGUGCCAUCACUGGUUCUGGGAAGACAGCUGCAUUCGCCUUGCCUGCUUUGGAGAGGUUGCUGUUCCGACCGAAGAGAGUGAAAGCCAUAAGGGUUCUUAUACUUACUCCUACCAGGGAGUUGGCAGUUCAGGUUCACAGCAUGAUAGAGAAACUUGCUCAAUUUACUGAUAUCAGAUGUUGCCUUAUUGUUGGUGGGCUUUCAACAAAGGUUCAAGAAGUGGCCUUGAGAUCGAUGCCAGAUAUUGUUGUAGCAACUCCAGGGCGCAUGAUAGAUCACUUACGCAAUUCUAUGUCAGUGGACUUUGAAGAUCUUGCAGUUCUUAUACUUGAUGAGGCAGAUCGUCUGCUGGAGCUUGGCUUUAGUGCUGAAAUUCAUGAGCUGGUCCGUCAAUGUCCUAAAAGGAGGCAGACAAUGUUAUUUUCAGCUACAAUGACUGAAGAAGUGGAUGAGCUUAUUAAGCUCUCUCUGGUCAAACCUUUGCGCCUAUCAGCUGACCCAUCAGCAAAACGGCCUGCGACAUUAACUGAGGAGGUUGUCAGGAUACGCCGGAUGCGUGAGUCGAAUCAGGAAGCUGUUCUACUGGCCUUGUGUUCAAAAACUUUCACUUCCAAAGUCAUAAUCUUCAGUGGAACAAAGGAGGCUGCACAUAGGUUGAAGAUCAUAUUUGGUUUAGCUGGUUAUAAAGCUGCAGAACUUCAUGGAAAUCUUACUCAAGUGCAACGCCUUGAUGCAUUGGAGCUAUUCAGGAGGCAAGAAGUCGAUUUUCUGAUAGCGACUGAUGUAGCUGCCCGUGGGCUUGACAUAAUUGGUGUCCAGACAGUUAUAAACUAUGCUUGUCCCCGAGAUCUUACCAGUUAUGUUCAUCGGGUUGGUCGAACAGCCAGGGCGGGUAGGGAAGGAUGUGCUGUCACUUUUGUGACUGACAAUGACCGGUCUUUACUGAAAGCAAUUGCUAAGAGAGCUGGUUCCAAGCUGAAGAGCCGAAUAGUUGGAGAGCAAUCAAUUAUUAAAUGGUCUCAGCUUAUUGAGGGGAUGGAACGUCAGGUGGCUGCCAUUUUACGAGAAGAGAGGGAAGAAAGGGCCUUGAGGAAAGCUGAAAUGCAAGCCACCAAGGCGGAAAAUUUGAUUGCUCAUAAGGAUGAUAUAUUCUCACGUCCUAAAAGAACAUGGUUUGUGACGGAAAAGGAGAAGAAACUUGCAGCAAAGGCAGCGAAGGCCUCUUCGGAGAAAGGAAAGAAAAAUGCAGAUGUGGUAAUCAGUGCCCAACAAGCUGAAGACCUUAAAAUGAAAGAGAAAAGAAAGCGAGAACGUGAGAAAAAUCUACCUCGUAAAAAGCGUCGAAGAUUGGAAGCGGCUAGAGAAAUGCUGGAGGAUGAGAAUCAGACUGACAAGUUGGAGGGUGAUGGAACUGGUAAAAAGGAGAAAUCUGCAUUAUCACUUGUUGACGUGGCAUACCGUCGGGCAAAAGCAGCAAAGUCAGUUAAAAAGGCUCUGGAUGCUGGUAAGAUUGUCAGGAAACCCAGCAAAAAGGCAAAACGAACUUCUGAAAGAACUCCAUCAAGGGCAGAAGAGAUGAAGGAACUUUUUCAGAGUGAUAUGAGUGAGCGAAAACUCAAAAAGAGAGGUGCUGUAACUGGAAAGAAGAAGUCCAAAUUUAAAAGCAAGUCAAGGUACAAGCGGAGGUAGCAGAGGACACCCAGCACCCUGAAUGUUAUAAGAUAGAAUUCUUUGCACCGUUGAAGAGUAUAUUUGUGGCGGGCGGUAGCCCCUACGUGUCGGUUCUCGAAAGGAUACCUGGGCAAUGACCAAAGAUGUGCAACGCAUAAGCCAAGUCUUUUAACAUCUUUAGAGCACAUGGAAAUCAUCGCGCACUACCGAGUGAAUAGUUAAACUUGAUGGUUGGCACAAGUGCGGCAUUACAUCCCAUCACUUUGCUUGGUUGGAUUUUCUUUUUUCCGUGAAAAUGAGCUGAGCUGACUUAACUAUAUCUGUGGAAGGAUGGCGUCAUGGCAGAGAAGAGUAUUUACUAGGUCAGCCAUUGGGAUGGCCAUUCACAUGUGCUUUUGCAUGUUUCUUUUAAUUGUAAUCUGUUUUGGUUUUCUCCCUUAUUUAUAUAAGAAUACAAGUGUAUUCGAAUUUAGGUUGCACAGCAACACCAUCUAUUUUAGAUAUAUGAUAUCUUGUAUGUUAACUAAGUUAACAGUCAAACUGAGAUCCUUCG